ACACUUCUUAAAAAAAGAAAAAAGAAGGAGUCUUGAUGGGCCUUUAGAGCCUUACGCCGAGGCCCACAACCCCCUAUGGGUCUCGUAGCUGGGUGUGAAGGUCCCAGAAUUAGGAUCUGCGGUCAGUAAACGCUUGCUUUCUAUACCUGCUUUCUAUAUCUCUAUAAUCAGGGUCAUGUGAAGUUUUCCCGGGGAUAACGGGACCCCAAGUGGGAAACGUUCCGUGUUUGGGGAGCUGGAGAAGUUGCCCCGGCGGGGGGACAAAAGGGAGGGGACAGAGACCUCUCUGGGCCCCCUGCGAUCCGGGUUCUCAAAGUUGUCCUGGUGGCGGUGGUGCAGGGGACUAGCCUGGACUGGGAGAAGAGAAAGGGAGCAGGGGGGGAGAGGGCGUUGCCAAGGCCUAAGUGAGGCUCUCGCAGAAUGGGGUGCAGUGAGUGCCUCUUCCCCGGAGGGUUGGGGCACAAGCUGGAUGCUCACUUGUCUGUAAUGGUCCAGUGGGGAUCCCUUCUUGGAUGGGCUGGACCAGCGGCUCUUAAGGUUACUGCCAACUCCCAAUUCUGUGAGCGUGGGGAGGGGCUGGUGAAGGCAGGAAACAGGGAUUCCCCUCUGAGAGCCGUCUGCUCUCUCAGCUCCCUGAGUCCACACCAAAGCCCAGGGAGGUCCCCGAGCUGCGAUCGGCCAAUGAGGUUUUCUAUAUUUUACAAAGGAGGAAACUGAGGACAAAGAAGGCUCACACCCGCCCCAGACUCGCCUUCAAGGUCCCUCAGUCCGUGGUCAAUGAGCCCCUGCAUAAGCUCUGUUAGACCUGGGAUUCAGAGAUAAGAAUGAGAGCCAUUCUCUCGGAGAGCUCCCCUGCUCUGGGCCUUGCUCACACAAAGGCUGCUGGGUCGUAGGAGCAGCGUAUUUUAAGCUGAAAACUGCUAGAGCCAUUUCAUCACCCCCACCCUCCAGGAAAACUGGCCCCUGUCCUGAGGAGGGUUGAGGCUACUGCUUCUCACUUGAGUCCAGUCUCCAGUGCCAGUCACCUCCAGAAGUCCACUGGACCAGGAGUCAGGAAAGAGACCUAUUUCUGACACUGCAGAGACUCGGUUUCCCCUGCUGUAAAAUGGAGAUAAUUAGUCUUCACACUCUCUACCUUUCAGAGGUUUAUGGGGAAAGUAGUUUAUUCACUUCUGUUCUUGCCCCUUCCUCCCUCAAGCUAUCAAGUUCAUCCUAUUCGUGCUCCUGCCCCCUCCCCAUCAUCCUGGAUGUGGCCUUGCCCAAAGCAGCCCAGAUAGUCCUGUGUCUGAAGCAGCCGGAAAAAAGCAGCAGCCAGCAGAGCCCCUUCCCACUGGAGUUCAUCCCAAGUCCCUCCGCUCCAGCCAGAAAAACCGGAAAAGGCUUUUUGGGCAGAACGUCCCUCCCCAGUGCCCCGGGAAUCCCCCGGCCGGACGACGGGAUAUCCAGGAGGAAGUGUCCCACUGCCAACCCACACAAAGCUGGGGCAGCUGUGGUCAACUGGCCUUUGUGUGCAGUCCCCUGCCUCAGAUCGGCCCCCUGGCAGAGAAGCGACGCCCGGUGUCUGGGCCUAGGAGUGCCGAGGGUGGCUGCCCGUGGCCCUGGCCCUAACCCUGCCAUAUAUGGCACUGGGGAAAGCACGGAGCCCGCGGCCAAGGCAGGGUGCCAGCCUGGCCCAUUCCCAGACCUGCCGGUGCCCCAGAGGACCCGCUAAGGACAGCAGGGAGGGCUCGGAAGCUGCAGUGACAGUGAACGGGGCAGGCCUUGACUGCACUUGGGAGGCCCUUAGGAAAUAUCAAGUGUGAAUUCAAGCAGGAAACUUCCCAGGGAAAGCUGGGUGGGAGGUCGGUACGGGGGUACAGGAAGGCAGACACUCCCGGGGAAAAAGCUGUGAAAGGAGGUAGGAAGUGCCCAGGCUCCCAGAUCCCGGGGAUCCAUCCCCCCAAGCCCCUCAUUGUACAGCGGAGGGAACCGAGGCUGCAGCGGGCCGGGCUGAGGGGCAUGAGGGGCCCAGGAGGAGGGGCUCGCCACUCAUGGCUCUGUCUGUUCUCUAGGCCAGAGCUGCGCCCGCCCCCGCCCCCCCAGCCCCCGCCAUGGCUUUGUGUCUGAAGCAGGUGUUCAACAAAGACAAGACGUUCAGGCCCCGGAAGCGCUUCGAGCCGGGCACUGAGCGCUUUGAGCUCUACAAGAAGGCACAGGCCUCCCUGAAGUCGGGCCUGGACCUGCGGGCCGUGGUGCGGCUGCCACCCGGGGAGAGCAUCAACGACUGGCUGGCCGUGCACGUGGUGGACUUCUUCAACCGCAUCAACCUCAUCUACGGCACCAUGGGCGAGUGCUGCUCGGAGACUAGCUGCCCUGUGAUGUCGGGCGGCCCGCGCUACGAGUACCGCUGGCAGGACGAGCAGCAGUACCGCCGGCCCGCCAAGCUGCCCGCCCCCCGCUACAUGGCGCUGCUCAUGGACUGGAUCGAGGGGCUCAUCAACAAUGAGGCCGUCUUCCCCACCCAAGUGGGAGUCCCCUUCCCCAAGAACUUCCAGCAGGUGUGCACCAAGAUCCUGACCCGCCUUUUCCGAGUCUUCGUCCAUGUCUACAUCCACCAUUUUGAUGGCAUCAUCGCAAUGGGGGCCGAGGCCCAUGUCAACACGUGCUACAAGCAUUUCUACUACUUUAUCCAGGAGUUCAGCCUCGUGGACCACCGGGAGCUAGAGCCACUGAGAGAAAUGACUGAGAGGAUCUGUCACUGAGCCCCCAAGAGCCCGGGGAAGAUGCUGACCUUUGCCUGGAGCGUCCUGGACUUUGGUGGGGAAAAGGCCAUCGCCCCCGUGACUGUGGCCACGGAGAGACCCAAGCCACUCUCCUCCUCUGGGGCCCCUCCCCCAAGGCCCCCAAAUACCAGAGCUUCUUUUCUAGAUUCCACCCCCACCCUCCUGCUGGAAGGAGGUUGGGAAGGAAUCAGAAGAAAGGCAGAACAGGGACACUUCAGAAACUGCUGGGAGGGAGGGUGUCACGAAGCUGAAGUUCCUUCAGGAGACCCUCCCUCACCUUUACCCCGAGCCAGACAAGGCCCCAGAGCGUCCCCAGGGAGGCUGACCUUGGGUAGGAUUAGAACCGGAAAUUCUCGGGCCUGAGCUAGGAGGGCCCCGAACGUCAUCCUGUGAGAUCACCUGCCUUCAAGGCUCUGUCCGUGAAUUCAAGGCAUUUAUUAAGCACUUGUGGUAUGCCAAGGACAGAGCUGAGGGCUGAGGGUGUCUGGCUGACCGGCUCCCCUGUGUGCUCCUGCCCUGUGUGACUCCCCGGCCCCACGCGUCAGAGCCGAGGGCCUCGUGCACACGGGCCAGUGAGGGAACAUUUCACCACUUUUGGGGGGGGCACCAUUCCUUCCCCAGGGAGGACCCCCAGGAUUUGGAAUUAAGAGGUAGCUCAGUGGACAAUUGGGACCCUGGUCCUGACCCCCCGAAGGUCUCCCACGUGAUGCCAGUUCCUACAGGAGUCACCUUGUCCAUCCUCUGGAUCCAGGCCCUCCCUGUGAUGGGUGGAAGGCCCUGCUGCUCGUUAAGAGCCCGUCCCUUCCCACCUCCAGAAGGCAUUUUUGGGGAUCACCCACAACCCCCUGGCUCAGCAGGCCGAGCUCGCAUGUAAUGAGACCUGCUGCUGCUUUUUGGCAAGAUGGAAGCCGUCCCCCGGGAGCCCUUGCCCAAAGCCGCUCUCCGGCUGUCAGGGCAGCCCUUGAGAAGCUCUUUGGACUGAAGAGAUGGCUCUUGGAUCCUUCCCCAAAGCUGGAGCAGAUCCAGCCUCUUGUGGCAGCCCUUCUGGGAAACCUCUCGCCUAGGGUGCUCUGUGCCUGAAACUGAAGGGCUACCCGUGAGAGGAACGCGCAAGAAGGAUGGAGGAGGAAGGAUGAUGGAGGAUAGAUGACAGAGGAAGGAUGAUGGAGGAUGUUUCCUCCCAUGUCCUCCCUCCCAGUCAUUCUGGGCUUUCAUGCCCAUGCUUCCUUCACACUGAAGACCCGGGGUCUCAAAAGGGAGAGAAUGGGAGAGGCCCGGGGCCUGUUGGGGAUGCCCGAGCUCCCCCUGCUGCCGUCCCACUCCAUGCCAAAUGGGUGCCACUGAGCCCUGCAGCCACUCGCCUCUGAACCCCCCUACCCCCAUCUCUGAGCCAAAACUUGGGGGGGGGGGGGUGAGACAGAGGAAGCCAGCCCCUGCCCACAGGAAGCUUCCAGCCUUCGUUUCUCAGAACGCAGGCUCUCCUUCAUCCGCCCACCUUGUCAAUUCUGAUGGAAGCUUUGCCGAGCCAUUCUGAACCAAGGCGGGGCCCCACCACCACCUGAGACCUGAGCCUCAUUGACUGUUGCCAUUCCCAGAAACGCUUCAUUCUGAAGACAUGGAAGGGGUGGGGGAGGGAGGGAGGAGAGGAGGGCAGCAACCUAUGGUCUGAGUCUAGAGGGGAUUCUGGGAAGCCUCGGCUUCUCUGCCCCCUACCUCACCCCGGCACCCAGUGAUCAAUCAGUGAUUGGAAUCUCCCUGUGCUGGGCUCACUGCUGAUCCACUGGGAAGGGGAAAUUAUUUUUUUAAGUAAAGGGAAAGAGUGGAUUGUUUUUAUUUUAAACAAAGAAAAAUAAAGAAGAAAGACGGCCUUUGUCUGGCCAGAUGGGCUCCUUUGAU